ACAAACCUUUAGUCUUCCGUUCGCUCGGCCGUUCAUUUCCGUCUUCUGCAGCGACGAAUAAGUUCGGCGUUACUUAUGUUACUUGACUCGACUAGAUCGUAAGUCUCAGAAAGGAUAUAUUUUGUCGAAACUGUGACUGCCUGUGCGCUCCUUUUAGCGUUCACGGUCACCUUCACGAUCUCGCAUCGUUGUGUUGAUCAUUUUAUCAAGUUUCAACGAGUGGUUAUUGACAAAAGCAGCAUCACAAUGACGGACAAUCAAUAUUCCAAUUAUCAGCAACAAGGAUAUAAUCAGUAUAGCCAACCACCACCUUCAACUGGUCAAGAUACAUCAUAUCCACCACCUACGACUGGUGGAGGUGGCUACAAUCAGUAUAGUCAGCCUCCUCCAAGUACUGGCACCAACUAUGGCAAUUACAACAACUACAACUCCAACACUGGCCAAGAUUACAAUCCACCACAAAACCAAGGCAACUACGGACAGAACAACUAUGGUGGUGGUAAUACAGGUGGUGGUGAUGGCGGUAACAAUUAUAGCGGGAGCUAUGGACAUGGCAAUAGUGGUGGUGGCGGUGGUGGUAGUGGAGGUUACAAUCGCAACAACUCUGGUGGUUACAGCGGAGGCCAAGGAGGUGGUGGUGGAGGCGGUAGAUACAGUGAUCGUGGCGGUUACGGAGAUCGCUCCGGCGGUGGUUACAACAGUGGCGGUGGCCGUGGUGGUUAUAACAAAGGGGGCUACGGUGACCGUAACAGUGGAGGAGGUGGUGACGGUAUGGUUACGCAGGAAGAUACUAUUUUUGUAUCUGGUAUGGAUCCGUCGAUUUCCGAGGAAGAGAUAUGCCAACACUUUGGAGCGAUUGGUGUUAUUAAGCAUGACAAACGCACGGGUAAACCCAAAGUAUGGCUAUAUAAAGACAAGAACACGGGCAAGUCCAAGGGAGAGGCGACAGUCACUUAUGAUGAUCAGAAUGCCGCGCGUUCAGCUAUUAAUUGGUUCGAUGGCAAGGAGUUUAAGGGUUGCACAAUAAAGGUGCAAAUGGCGCAGCACAAAAGCAAUUGGCAGGGUAAUCGAAUUGGUGGCGGUCGAGGGGGCGGCGGCCGUGGCCGUGGCGGUGGUGGUGGUUUUGGCGGUCGUGGAGGCGGUGGCGAUCGUGACGAUCAUCAUCGCGGAGGUGGUGAAGAUCGUCGUGAUGGCGGUGGCCGCGGAGGCGACUGGAGGUGCCCUAAUCCCGAUUGCGGCAACACAAACUUUGCCUGGCGAGAUCAGUGUAAUCUAUGUAAAAGUUUGAAACCAGAAGGCCUCAGUUAUGGCGGCGGUGGUGGAGGCAGAGGAGGAGGUGGCCGAGGUGGCGGCGACCGAGGUAGCCGAGGAGGCUUUAGAGGUGAUCGUGGAGGACGUGGAGGUGACAGAGGCGGCAGAGGUGGUGGUUUUCGUGGCGGAGACCGAGGUGGUCGCGGAGGUAGAGGUGGCCCUAUGAGAGGAGGUGGCGGUCGAGGCGACAGGGAUAGGGAUCGUCAGCGACCUUAUUAAUUCCCUACCUACAUAACAGCCGACUCACCGUCGCUAAAAUUAACUUGUACACAUUUUGUACACGAAUUUCAGUGCUUGUACAUUUCGCGAAGCGGAAGUCAUUUCUUAUACACGUUAUGUAUACGUUUUCCUUUUCUGUCUUUCUUUACAUAUAAUUUUUUAUAUUCAUAAAAAUUUGCAUCACUUCAUGUUACAUUAGCACACAAUGACUAUCUAUAUAAAAUCAAAUGUUUAAUAGACAAUAGAUAAAAUUCUAAGUUACAUCAACUAUA